AUGUAUCACGAAGGGGCUCUGCAAAAGAACAGCAUGGUGAACUCAGAUUACGGAGCAUCGGAUGUUACAAACUACUUCAACACUGCAAACUCUGUACCGAGGGCGGAUAAAUGUGUGGCAAUACUGACCCACAGGAGAAAGAGGACCAACUUCACUCAGCAGCAAAUCGAGGUGCUGGAGAAAGUUUACUCAGACACUAAAUAUCCUGACAUCUAUCUGCGAGAGAGACUGGAGGCUCUGACUGGGCUGCCAGAGUCCAGAAUUCAGGUGUGGUUCCAAAACAGAAGAGCAAAGUCUCGUCGUCAAGUUGGUUCAUCAGUGUCCAUGAAGGUCCCCAACCCGCCCUCAGGCUUCAGCCAGCUCCAGAGCAGAAUGGGCCCCGAGAAAGUUUAUGACAACCAGCAUGGUGGUGAGGCACACAGGUUAGGAGGAUUUGGGCUAGAGGACAGUGUCAGACCAACAAUGCACCAAAACACAGAAGACACACACAGGACCAGUCUACCAACCAAACCCAGCAGCUACGAACACACACCUGUCUCCUGCAUCUAUGACAAAGAGGGAACCAGAGUGAAGCCCGAGCAGAUGCAGUGCCACGAACUGAGCGUUAACGUCCCUUGCUGUAACGUCCAUCUGUAUCCAAAGGAGAACGAGCAUCAGCCCCAUGUCCAAGCCUCCAUCACUGGCAACCAGGGUUCAAAGGUCCUGGUGGAAUAUGACAAUUUCCCACCUAACAAGACCAUUGGACCAGAGAUGAAAGUGGUGAUCCCUCCCAUUCCAAGCCAGAAUAACUUCAGCCGGUCAUCACCAAAGGAUACUGGGUGCCAAAUCCAGUACCCACAAAUGAGGGCCACAGGGGACAGGUUCAGUCACUUCUCUCCGAUCCACACCACUGAGGGACAGGACUUUACUGAUUCAGACUCUGACUGGGAAACUGAGGCCAUGGCUGGCUUUGGUGGUUUUAUGUGA